CCUGUCCAUCCAACGCCCUCGCCAGCUCAUUGUCUCGAAUCCUGUCUUUUUGUCUCAGACGCGUGUUCCAUCUGUUAUACCUCAUUCUCUUUCCUUCUGCGAGGUCCGCGCGGGUUUGAAACACCCCCUUCUGCGCAUUGCCCCUUGCCCGUCGUCGUCCGCCCUUCUCUCGCUUACAUCAACACCGCCUAGUGCGCGCGACCUACUUUGGGCCAGUCACCAGCUACCAGAUAUCCCCCCGGCUUGAAGCAUUGCUCGCCUUUUCCACAGAUCCCGGAUCUGCGGUGGCACUCUAGUGCACCGUUGCUUUUUCGAUUAGUUUCCCUACUAAUUUUUUUACAUUCUCAAGACGCAGCUGGCGUACUGAUUCCGUAUGGCUUGGCAGCCUCCCUCUGCCAUGGCUGGGGGUGGAGGGUAUGCCGGCGAUGGGGCUGCCAAUGGCGGACAUCCCCUGGGGACGGAGUAUACACUGCAAGGUGUCAUGCGCUUUUUGCAGACCGAAUGGCAUCGGCACGAGAGAGAUCGCAACGCGUGGGAGAUCGAGCGUGCAGAGAUGAAGUCCCGCAUUGGAAGAUUGGAGGGGGACGUCCGGACAAGCAAGCGUCUACAUGAGUCAGUCGGGAAGCAUGUGAGACUUCUGGAGGCUGCAUUGAAGAAGGAGCGUGAAAGGGUGAAGAAGCUCAGCAAUGGCGAAAAAAUUGAGGAUGUGCGGGAUUCCAAGGAGAUCGCUCGGGAGAGCUUGAAUGCUUUGAAGGCUCAACAUCACAAACCAAAUUCAGACCAUCUCGAAACCGACGUUGACUCCGAACCCCCCCUUCAGAAUGACAUUCGACACGAGACGGAACGAGAGAAGUCGCGCGUAUAUCUGGCGAAAUGUUCACAGGAGAUUGCCUACCAUGUCAUCCCCGUAUCGCAUCCCAUUCCCGACAUCAAUGAUCAGGACCUUUCGAACCAUCUAAGUGAAAACCAACAAGUGGCCCAGCACAACCUGGAAGAAGCCUACCUCCAUCAAGGACAGAAACAACAGCAAGGGAACAAUAUCAUGGCACGAGAUGUAGGGCUGCAGAACCACCAAUCCGUUGCAGCUCACUAUGCUGAGAAUGCUGGUUUGUCUCGCCUUCCUAACCAAAUCAGCCAUCCCGCCGCUCCAAGGGGAAUCCCCGACAGGAAGUCUUCGGACUACCAGCAAGCCCCUGCCGCUCCCCCAGAAAAUAGGUCGUCGCUUGAGCACGCUGUGCCCAACGACCGUGUGGAAUCUGCAAAGCAAGCAUAUGAUGCAUACCGCGAACGGGGAGCGGCCAAAGAGAAUGUAAAGCAGCAGUCGCAACAUAAGUCAGAGGACCGCUCAGAGGAUAUUGAUGGCUGGAACUUUGAUGAACCGUCUGGCCAGACACCGAUGCCUGACCCCAUCCCGCGUCGUCGGCCAGAUACAGAUGCUUUCCCCAACGCGAACUUCGUACGAUCAAAAUCACCAAUGAAGGGCGGCGCCCACUCUCACCGACGGAAAGGUUCAGGCUCUAAGCGCAAGGGCGAAGACUCCGUCGAUUCCAAGAGUAGUGCGGUCGUCGGACAAAAGCAGGAUUCCAUUUUCAAAGUUCGAUUUGCUCUAAGAGGCCACCUGGACGUUGUCCGCGCUGUUAUCUUUACCGGUGGCGGGAGCCCUUCGGAGCCGGAGAUCUGUACCUGUAGUGAUGAUGGGACGAUCAAGCGAUGGAUAAUUCCGGCAACGUAUGGCACCUUUGGGUCUCAUGGGUCACAUCCGAGCAAUGACUUGGACAUCACGAGUUACUUCACACACCGUGGGCAUGUCGGGGCGGUAACAGCACUGGCAGCCUGCUCACCCUCACAGAGUUUCUCGAACGGCGGUCGUGCCUUGGGAGAUGGAUGGGUCUUUUCCGGCGGACAAGAUGCAAGUGUGAAGGUCUGGGAGCGCGGAAGAGUUGAUCCAAAAGCGACGCUGGAUGGUCAUACUGAUGCGGUUUGGGGACUCUGUGUGCUUCCAGGAACUUCGGGAUCUGUCUUUGGAGACUCCUGUAGUCGUUACGGCGGCGCCGACCGGUUUCUGCUAGCAUCUGGAGCUGCGGAUGGAAAGGUAUUGAUUUGGGCUGUCAGUGCUCCUCCUCAACUCUCAUCUCCGCAAGCUGGCUCCCGACGGACGGGUAGGCGUGCGAACUCCAUCUCCUCUGGGUCGAAUUUCCCAUCGUCACCACAACCUAGCGUGGCCACCACCACACCUUUCCAUUACACUUUAGUUCACCAUAUUGUGCGACCCGAAACUCCAUCACCUACCUGCAUCAGCCCAUUGUCUCUCGCUGGCGUCAACUUUGUGGUGUCCUAUACCGAUGCUUCAAUUAUAGUCUAUGACACCAGGACGGGAGAGGAAAUUGUCGGAAUGGCGAGCCUGGAGACCUACGAUGGCACCCCAUCGACAGGAGUCAAUUGCGUAGUUGCAACGACUGUUGGAUUUGAUGGAACGGCUAAUCUUGAGCCUGCCCAGCGGAGUCUGGCGGAGGAAGAGGUACAUGGUGCAACAGGUUCUAGUGGAGUGGAAGGUGUAAUAAUCAGUGGCUAUGAAGACCGGUUUAUCCGUUUCUUCGAUGCUAACAGCGGCCAAUGCACGUACACAAUGCUGGCGCAUCCGGCUGCAAUUGCAUCCCUCUCCCUUUCACCUGAUGGUCGUGAGCUAGUUUCUGCUGGCCACGAUGCCAGUCUUCGAUUCUGGGACCUUGAAAAACGCAGCUGCACCCAGGAGAUCACCAGUCACAGGUUAAUGCGCGGCGAAGGCGUCUGCAGCGCUGUUUUGAGCUGCGAUGGUCGCUGGGUCGUCAGCGGUGGUGGCGACGGCGUCGUCAAAGUCUUCUCGAGAUGAUAAGGACGAAGUCGUGUCCUCUAAUGUGCAAUAUACUAGGAGCCGAUAGUUUCUUUCCCCCCUAACGUUUCACUGCGCUGUUCUUUGGUCAAAUGGAAUGAAUGAGCGAUUGGCUGGUUCUCGAGCAUUUGAAAUGGUGACACUCUGCCUAGCAUUUGUUUCUUUUUAUUUCUGUGUCUAGUAUUCCUUUGCCCCUUUUCUGGCCUCUCCUCGCUCCUACUACGGAUGCUCCCUCAAUUUGCUCUGGCCGCCGUAAUGAACGCCUCCAUGCUAUUUUCGAAAUGAUUGUUUUUCUAUUCGUCGUGGCCUUCUCCGUUAAUCCGAAUUUCCAGCCGGGAAUAUUGACGAUCAGGAGAAGCUGUCAUUACUUUUCAUGUACUCUGUCUCUUCAGUUCGUGGUCGGCAUUUGCUGUCUUAUCGUCUGCCUGUUUCGUUCUGGAAUGCUAUCCUCCAUACCUCUGCAUUCCCUGUGUUGUCUUUCUGGGCAGUGUGUUUACCGAAAUUUUUUAUCUUCGUCUAUUCAUGCGUCUUUCUGUGUGGCUACAUAUACCCUUGACCUUUCUUGCCGCCAGUUCGCCCCUUUGAAAAUUAUUUUUUUUUUCAGCGGACAUGUGUCGUGUAUAACUUUAGCAUCCUUUUUUCUUUCUAGAACCCCCUUUGCCCUCCACUUUCUUUUUGUGUUCUCAUGAACGGCACUGGUUUCCUUGUUUUCAGUCUGGAACCCGAUGAAAAGCAACAGGAGAAACACAGAAAUAUGGUAGAGAGGAUACGAUGAACUGUGUUAGCUUGGUAUCCUUGCUCAGAAGCCCUACAGUUGGUGUAAUAAUAGAUGUACAAAACUGUCCUUCUACUUAUUGCUGGGAAAAUAGGAGAAGAUAA